AUGUCGAAUUCUGAAAUAGAAGACCAAGUUUUCAACUUGUUCAAGGAUUUCAUGGCCAAGGUGGCCAAGUUUGAUGAUUUAGUGAGUCUGGGAAGCAUAUUACUCACUGGCUUUCAGCAGGGGCUGGAGUUUCUUAGGCGGCCUCCGGUAGAGAAGACAUCUGAGUUGGUUAAAAACAUAAUCCGAGCUAAUGAAACACAGAGAGUUAAGUCAUAUAUUGAAGCUGGAUGCAUCAACAGUGACGAUGGCAUGCAAAAUACAAACAAGUUGUAUACAUGCCAACUUGGACUUCGUGACCAUUUAAGCAAAGGCAAAAGCAUACUUAAUGAACUUGAAUGCCUCGUGGAGGAUGUAAUUGGUGCAAUGGAAAAUUUGUCUCCUUUCCAGGAUGAUAGUUUUGCUGACAGGCUGAAUGAAGAAGCAAGUACUGAUGAUAAGGAGGAAAUUGCUUCAUCCUGCCCCAAAAGAAAUAAAGUUACCGAUUAUGCUGAGUGUAUGGGGAUCAUUUACAGUAUGGUCAAGCAAGACUACAUGAUGCAGGAAAGGGUUGUUUCUGCUCUGAAUGUUAAGUCAUCUUCAGGAGAGUUAGAGAGCUACUGCCUGAUGUGGUCUUUGCGUCCCUUCAUAAAUAGCGAAGUUAUGGAUCAUGCUUGGAAACUUAUUCCCUGA